AUGCCUAAACCGUUUCAAGAAAGUAAACCUGGAAAUCUAAAGGAUCCCACGGUUGCUUCUUUAUUUUCUGCAAAGGAUCCAGAACUUCGAUUUGAUGAUUUACGAGAAAUCGGGCAUGGAUCUUUUGGAGCCGUCUACUAUGCUUUUGAUAAAGAAUCUGGAGAGACGGUGGCAGUCAAGAAAAUGGCUUUCUCGGGAAAACAAGGCCACGAAAAAUGGAAUGAUAUAAUCAAGGAGGUCUCGUUUUUGCAAAAAAUCAAUCACCCGAAUAUUGUACAGUACAAGUCCUGUUUUCUAAAAGACCAAACAUGCUGGUUGAUCAUGGAGUAUUGCAUUGGUUCUGCUGCUGAUAUUGUAGAUGUCCUAAGGAAGGGGCUUUUGGAGAGUGAAAUUGCCGCAAUAUGUGCGCAAACCCUUGACGCUCUUGGGUAUCUUCAUGGUUUAAACCGAAUACAUCGUGAUGUGAAGGCCGGAAAUAUCCUAUUAACUGAUUUUGGAGUUGUAAAACUUGCGGACUUUGGUAGUGCUUCGGUGGUUUCUCCUGCUCAGACUUUUAUUGGAACUCCGUUCUUUAUGGCACCAGAGGUAAUUCUCGCUAUGGACGAAGGUCAAUAUACGGAAAAGGCAGAUGUUUGGUCGUUGGGUAUAACAUGCAUUGAAUUGGCCGAACGUCGUCCGCCUUUAUUCAAUAUGAAUGCUAUGUCCGCUCUGUAUCACAUUGCUCAAAAUGAUCCUCCAACUUUGCAACCGACAGAAAAUGGAGAGACUACUCCAUGGAGUGAGACGUUUGUUUCUUUUAUCGAGCAAUGUUUAAAAAAGGAUCCUGAAGAACGGCUAAACACAACGGCUUGCAUGAACCACAAAUUCAUAAAAACGCCUCGCUCUCCAAAGACGAUUGUCGAAUUGAUCUCAAGAACUAAGGAAUUAGUUCUUGAAUUGGAUAACUUUCAAUAUCGGAAAAUGCGGAAGCUGAUGUAUCUUGAUCAAAAUAAAGACAUAGAUGAAUCAGGGGAACCAUCGAACCCAAUCACGGAAUCAACAUCACCGCUAAUUUCUGCUGGUAGUAGAGCCUCGGUUCCUAUUGGUGGAACAGACAGUCCUGAUAGCAACUCGAAUAGCAAUAGUUUGGCCUCAUAUUCAUCGGUUCGAAGUAGCGCUGGAAAAAGUACUUCAAAAAAGCAAAGAGCUGGUAUUCCGGAAGUAUUCUGGUUUCCUAACGUCCCACCAAAAGAGGAACAAAUCUCAGAUGAGAAUCGCAGCUUAACGACUGCUACACCAACAUCUGCUAUUUCUGAAUCUCCACAAAUACUUACCGAUUUGAGGAUGCUCACUCCGGCUUCAAAUGCGCCACGACGAAGCCCUCCACCACAAUUCGAAUUCAAUAUCAAGGAUGAAAUGAUGACGCUAAGACGAUCCAAGUUUUCUACUUUGCGAACUACAAAGGUGAUUGCUCGGGAACAUGAAGAUUAUUUGAGAGAUAACAACUUUGCUGAACAAAUGAGCAGUUAUAAACGUCUUCGACAAGUUCACCACAAAGAGCUUCGACAGUUAGAAGACCGAUGUAAAACUGAACUUGACGUCCUACAUCAGAAACAAGAACGUGAAAUGGAUCAACUAAAUUCUAACUAUGCAAAGGAGCGUCAAAAAGUUCAGAAUGGAAGGACAACUGAAAUGGACAAAAGAAGAAAAGAGUAUGAGGAGAUUGAACGAAAACUACGGAAGCAAAUUUCGACACGACAUCAACAUGAAUUGAAAUCGUUCGCUGCAGCUCAACUGAAGGAAUACAAAUUCAACAAGGAACAAGAGCGCCAUCGGCUGAAGCAACAAGGAAGUCAAUUUGGAAACUUUGAGCAGCAAAUGAAAUCUGCUAAAGAUCAACUCAACAAGAUAAAAAUUGACCACGAGAGAAGAUUCGAAAAGACACUUGUUGGUGAGCUUGAAGAAGAAAUGCGAAAGCACCGUCGGGCAUCGUUGAUUCGGCUACAUGGUCAUGAAGAGAGAAUGGGAAACGAGGAAAUGGCAAUCCGUGAGCGUCAAAUGGACUCCAUGCAUGCACUUUUACGCAAUCAUCACCGACAGACGACUUUAAUUGAAGAAAAGCAAAUGCAAGAAAUUCAUAACAUGAAAACGCGUCAUCAGGACAUUCAACAUGAGGCUGAACGGGGCAAUCAAGAAAACUACACACGUCGAUUGAAAGAAGAAUUGCGCAGGAAGCAUGCUCAACAAAGCAAGCAGCAACCUAAAGAGAUCAAGGCAAAAGAAGCUCAGAUUCGAAAGCAAUAUCGUCAAGCAGUAAAAACGCAAACCAGACAAUUCAAAAUUUAUCACACUCAAAUGCUUCAAAGUGCGAAUGCGUUGGAAACAAAGGAGCUCACCCAAAAGCUGAAAGAUGAUCAAAAGCGUCGAAUUUCUCUCUUGACUUCACAAUAUGAGAGUCAAAUAUUUAAUAUGGUACACGAGAAAACGGUCAAACUCGAUGCAGAACAAGAGGAAGAGGCUCGUUUGCUGGACGAAAAAUUGGCGAAUGAAGAACGAGAAUUGAAGGAAUAUCAAGCUCGCCAAAAAUCUCAAUUAAGCGUACAGAUUCAGAAGGAGAUGGAUCAACUUGCAGAACGUAUUGCUCUUCGUCUAGCUCGACUCGAACAAAAAGUCAAGGAGAACAAGGAAAAACAUUUCGCCCUGUUUCGAGAGUCCGAAACGAGUCGGCAAGAAAGACAAAAACGGCAGCUUCAAGAGCUCGAUGCUGCAGCCGGAACAUCGACGGCCCUU